AUGUCAUUCCUCCUCACUCCCGUCGCCCUUGGAGACUUGAUCUCUCUGCGCAAUCGCGUGUGCAUGGGCUCCAUGACUAGGAAUCGUUGCAUCAACCAGAACAUGCCUACAGAUGCUGUGGUCAAUCACUAUGCAACAAGAGCACGGAAUGGGGUUGGUCUUAUGGUGGCUGAAGGAACAUUCGUCUACCUAAACGGGGCAGAGUGGCCGGACGCGCCGGUCAUGUACAACCAACAACACGCAAACGCCUGGAAGAAGGUUACAGACGGGGUCCAUCGCGAAGGAGGAAAGAUCUUCCUCCAGCCAUGGCAUCCAGGUCGCAUCCAAAAUGAAAACAUGCCGAUGCUCAGAGAUACAGGUUAUCCGGUACUGGCGCCUUCCAAAGGCUACACGGACAAUAUCACCGAAAUCCAGGACCCGAAAGUGAUUAUUGAACAAUACAAAAACGCAAUCGCGCUUGCAAAAGAGGCUGGGUUUGAUGGGAUUGAGUUGCUGUCUCAAGGGGGCUAUCUCCUCCAUAACUUCUUAUGCUCCCACUCGAACUUACGCACCGAUAUUUACGGAGGCUCGGUCGAAAACCGAUGCCGUUUCGUCCUUGAAGUGACCGACGCAAUCAUCGAGGUCUGGGGUCCACGGCGAGUUGGUAUCAAGAUCUGCCCUUCCGACGACUACAAUGACUCUGCCGUCUCCUUUGAAGAACUGAGUGAGACAUACAACUACCUUAUCAGGCAACUCGUCAGUCGAAACCUCGGUUAUAUAAAUCUGUCCCGGAGGGGGUGCGCAAUUGGCAGAGCUCAGGAUGAUUACUUCAUGCCUAGCCCCAGACCGGCUGGGAAACAGUUGCCUCCAAAUUAUGAGCCACUCCGCCAGUUCGGUCAUUUGAUCAAGUAUCCCGGAAGCGAGACAAUGCUCAUGGUCAAUCACGAAUAUACAGUGGCAGAGGCGGACAACCUUGUUUGUGAAGGGAAAAUCGAUCUGGUCACAUUUGGUCGCCCUUUCAUUUAUAACCCGUGUGAGGGACAAAAACCAUCAUGCUCCCGAUGUCUCAAUCGAAAUAUUCCUUGCCACUACCAGACCCAAAAUAACCGACAGCCAGCACCAAAGUCAUAUGUCCUGCUUCUUCGCAACAGAAUAGAGGCGCUCGAGCAUAUCUUACGCUCACAUGGUAUUGAUGUAGAAGCAUCACUGUCUGAAUUGGUGGGGCACCACGACCUUCUGCAUCCCGAUGAUUUCAAUACCAGCACAGACGCCUCUAUUAAUCACAGCCUUUCAUCUGACCUGGACGAUUUGUGCGGAGCAUUUCACGGCACCUUAACGUUCGAUGAAGCAUUGAACUUUGAUGAUGAUGGUGAAAUGCGAUACUUUGGACCCACGAGUGGUCGUUUACCAUUUCAAUCAUCACGAGAUGUCUCAACCAAUAACAUACUCCCUGUCGAAUAUAAAGAAGGGCCUGGCUUAACUGGUCUAUAUGAGAAAUUAGAUGACUUUUCUUAUCCCAUGAGUGAAGAUCCAGUUCCUUCAGAUGAGCUGAAGUCUCAUUUAUUCAAACUUUAUUUCACCUGGGAGCAGCCUUGGUACCAAGUGGUUAACGAAAAACUGUUCAGAGAAAGUUUACAGCAGAAUGGUCGAUUUGCCAGCCCAUUGCUAGUCAAUUGUAUCCUUGCCAUUGCUUCUCGAUACUCAGAUCGCCUGGACGUUCGCUCAAUUCCCGAUAAUUCUAACUCAGCUGGACAGUUCUUUCUUGAACGAGCAGAAGUUUUGCUACCUUUCGAACUCAAGUGGCCGAAUAUCACUACCCUUCAGUCUAUCGCUAUACUGGGUAUGGUUUAUGUUGCAAUGGGACAAGAUGCUGCAGGGUGGCUUUAUCAAGGAAUGGCGUGCCGCUUAGCUCUUGAUAUGGGCCUCAACGUCGACUCAUCCGCGCUUGCUAGCAAAGUAUCAAUGCCUACCGAGGAGGCUGAAUUGAGACGGCAAAUUUACUGGUCAUUAUACUGCCAUGAUAAACUCGCGGCUAGCUAUACAGGGCGUGUUUGUACAUUGCUGGAACCCCAAGGGGUUGUUAAUUUACCAUCUCCAUCUGGGACUCAAAUUGAGUCUCGCGUGGUGUCACUACAACUUGCUAAUAUUGGCAUUUGCCGCAUCCUAGAGCGGAUAUUGCUCUCAUUGUGGGCCCCGAAGCCACUUCUUGGGGGACCCAAAAGAUCGGCAUUCUUUGAUAAGUGCGUUGUGAAGCUCAGAUCCUGGUAUUACGAUCUGCCAUCCGAUCUUAAGAUCAGCACGGCAAACGUACUACCUCAGGUGUAUACACUUCAUAUGGUGUAUUACACUGUGUUCAUUCUCUUGAGCAAGCCAUUCCUCAUCCCAUCGGGGUCUGCCAAAAAAGCAGGUGCCGCCCAUGACGACCAAGAAAUCACCAAUAAGGCUAAGCUGCUGUGUGAUGAAUCGGCACGAAAGAUGCGUGCGGUGGCGCAAAAAUAUCGGCAAGAGUUCGGUAGCUUUCGAUUGAGCCCCAUCACCGCAACGCACUGCACUCUAUCUGCGGCCUUGGUAUCGCUCGAAAAUUACAGCUUCGAGGUAGAGGGCACCAAGACCGAACAGCAUUCACUGGCCCAGAAACACGAGAUCGAGGCGUUUUUGCAGACGCUCAAGGAGCUCUCAACGUCCUGGUAUCCUGCCAAAUGCAUUCAUCUGCAUCUAGGCAAGUUAUACCAGCAGACUCGAGAGAGGCAUAAUGACAAACCUGCUACCCCAGAGAUUGAGACGACGCCGAAUCAGUCAGUCCCUCAGGAUGUUAACCGAUCAAGAUUUGCGGAUGAUCCUCAGAUUAUUCCGCCAUUGCCCAUCCCGGCAUCGUUUGACAUGGCCUGGGACAUCUUCGCCGAUCCCCACAUACUGGAGGAUCAGACGGUUCUGCCCCAGGACAUACACGGCGUCGACAUUGAGGGGAUCCUCGCCAGUGACUUGAGUCUUUCUUUCCCAGCGCAUCUUCCCAGCGAUUACAACCUUCCAUGA